AUAUGCGUUUUCGAGCCCUGUAACCAAUGCACGAUGUCUUUGUUGCUAUUUAAUACCAAAAUUUUACGUCGUCGUUACAUCAGACUCGGAUCAAAGCGAAAGAGAGAGUAAAAACUUACAUCUUUGGUAACUACUUGCUCGUCGCUGUGAUAAGUAAUCCAUAUGAUCGCAAUAUCUCAAAUUACUGUUUAGUUUACAUUCCAAUCGUCUUUGUUCCUUCGACAUCAUGACAACAAAUUUAGUCAUUAGUACGCCAGAAAUGCCGCAAAAACGUCGAUAUUCCUUGGAUAUCCUCAUUUUGCUCUUCGGGAUCAGUUCGUGGCUGCUAAUUAACUCAACUUAUUUGCAAUUACCGCUUCUUGUGGAAAAAGCUCCCGAAGGAUGGUCUCUGGCGUCGUACAUUGUGAUCGUUAUUCAAGUUGGAAAUGUCAUGCCGUUACUUUAUAACAUCAUUCAAUCCAUUCAUCCGUUCAAGGAUUCAAUUUUCAUCACGAUUUUACUGCUGAUAGGCAUCACAGGAUCCGUUUUGUUCGGGUUUUAUUAUGACACGACGACACAUUUGCUUGGAGAAGAUCGCAGUGUGGCAAUGCUGAUCAUCGUUUUCACCUUUGCGCUUGUUGGAUGUACGAGUUCCGUGCUUUUUAUGCCUUAUAUGGGUCGAUUUCAGGAAAUUUAUUUGAUCACGUAUCUGGUUGGCGAAGGUUUGAGUGGUUUGGUGCCGAGUUUAUUGGCGCUCGGACAAGGCGUUGGCGGAAAUACCGUUUGUCGAGUGAAUAAUGAGACUGAAAGUGGCUUCGAAUAUUACACGCCGCCGCCGCGAUUCAGUAUUCAGACCUUUUUUGCGGCAAUUGCGAGUAUUUUCAUCGUUUGCACCAUCGCCUUUGUGCUAAUCGAUCGCUUGCCAACGUUCAAGAAGCAAUAUUCGAAUGUCGAUAUCAAAAGCGGGAACGAUUAUACCUACAAAAAAGACGAAACGGACAGUGAAAUAAGUGACGACGUGAGAUUAAGUAAAUGGAAUUACGGUUACCUGAUGAUCCUGAUGGCAAUUAUUUGUUUUUUCACAAACGGAUUCUUCCCGAGUACCCAAACUUAUUCGGUAGCUCCGUAUGGAAAUCUCACUUACCAUUGGGCGAUCGUCAUGACAUCAAUUGCCAAUCCUGCGGGAUGUUUCGUAGCCUUUUUCCUGCCUCAUAAGGGUGUUCGUCAUAUUUCAAUUUUAACAACAAUAACAAGUGUGUUUGCCGCUUACGUUAUCGCGACAUCGGUGAUGAGCCCGCCGCCCAUGCACAACAUUCUCUUCGGACAAAUUGUUAUUGUCAUUUCCUGGACAUGUCUCACGGCACUCCAUAGUUAUGUGCGCCUGUCAAUCAAUGCGUCGUUCAGAAAUCAGGGAGGACGAUCACUUGUGUGGAUAGGCAGCUGUCAGCAAAUCGGGUCAUUGAUUGGGUCAAUUGUGGCGUUUUUAUUGAUACAGUAUACGACGACUUUCAAGCAGUAUGAUGUUUGUGCGAAUUUCAAGAGUUAGUCAAUUAUGUUAGGAUUUGUUAGAAAAUGAAUAAAUUUGUUAGAAAAAAUUAAUUAUCUUACAAUUUCAUCUAUUAUUG